CGCUGCGCCAGGCGGCCAGGAGGCCGGCGGUCCCGCGCCCGCGGCGGCCGCGCCAGCGUCCCGCCGCCGUGCGCGCCGCCAUGGUGCUGCCCGCUGGCGCUGAGUGCGCACAGCCGCAGGCGGCCCAGGAUCCUACGCUGUGGGUGGUGGCGGUGCCGAGUUACGACCGGGUGGAGGUUCUCAGGGCGAAGACGCUGAAGUUGCUCUUGGAGAGCCUGCAUCCGAGCAGGAUCUUCGUCUUCGCGGCCCCCUCGCAGCUGGAGGGGUCGGCGGACAAACGUGCUCUGCAAGGCCUCGGCGUGCAUGUGUGCGAAGGCGGGCAAGGAAUACGUGCACAGCGCAAUUGCAUAAUGCGAUACUUCCAGCGGCACUUCCCACGACGUCAACGGGUGUUGGAAGUCGACGAUGACUUGGACGGUUUGGUUACGGUGACAUUUCCUGCGGCAGAGGCCGACGGCAGCAAGCCCCACAACUCGGGGAAGCUGGUCCACGUCCCGAGGUCCAGCUUCAAGGCGUUGGUGGACCUGCUCUGGCACGUGGCGCUUGAGGACCACGGGUGUGCUAUGUGGGGCAUCUACAACGCUGCCAAUCCAUCCUGGAUGUCCCAGCGGCUGACCAAAGGCAUCGUCCACACGACUGGCCAGCUGCAAGCAUACGAAGUGCCAGACCGAGACGUGUCAUUGACGUGUGAAGUAAUGGAGGUUCGGCGGACUACGAGCGGUGUUUCUUGUUGGCCCCGAGUGCGCGGUUCGAUUUCCUGGCCGCGCGCACCAAGAAUCACGGCCCAGGCGGCGUCAGCAGCGUCUUCCAGUCGAAGGGCCACCACACGGACUCGGAGGGCAGGGUCUGGCACCCGCGCGCCUGGGCCGAGAAGUGCGCGGCGGAGCAGCUCCAGAGGACCUUCCCCGAGCAUGGUAUCACCUAUCCCAGAGAAGGCCGAGUCCAAGCUGCUGCCCGGGAUGAAACACGAAUCCUUGUAUCAUGCGCCAGGAGGCAGAUUUAGAGUUGGCCGACGAGCAGACAAGCUACCAGCAGACACGCUAUCUUGUUGGCAUGGAAUCCGGCGACUAGCAGGUUUGGCGGACGAUGUGAAGGACUUCGCGCCGCCAGCGCCCGUGAACGACGUGGAUGACAUCGACCGCAUCGUGCUGAAGAACACGAAGUGGACUGUGCCGCAGCUGAGGGAGCUCUGCAAAGAACGGGGGUGUCAGAGCUCAGGAUCCAAGGGGGAUCUCAUUGAGCGGCUUACGCACACGUUCUUACUAGCGGAGAGGAAAGAGCGCGAAAUAGCAGAGAGGAGACUUCAAGAUGCUGUAGACGAGCUUCGAGCUGAAAGAGAACGGCGACAACUAGCGGAGGCCAACCAGAAGGCGGCCGAGGAGCGCGAGCGCGCCGCCAGGGAGGCGGGGGCGGAGGCGCUGCAGGCCUCGGAGGAGAGGGCGCGGCUGGCCAGGCUCCGGGCGGCCGAGGACCGCACGGCGGCGGAGGCCUCGGAAGAGCGGGCCCGGCUGGCCGAGGCCCGGGCCAGGGCGGCCGAGGAGCGCACGGCGGCGGCGCGGUGCCCGCCCGCCGGGGCAGCCGAGGCGGUGCAGAGCCAGUCGGCGGGUGCCGGGGCCGUCGUCGGGCACGCUGCCGCAGGGAGCGGCGGCGCCCCGCGGGACGUGCAGGCGGAGCAGGUGCAGAGACUCCAGGGCCUGCUGUCGUGGGCGCCCGCGGUCUCCAGCAGUUGCCCCGCGCCCUCCACCGCGGCCCGCGGCGGCGCCGCCGAACAGCUGUGGCAGCGCUUCCGCAACAUCGGGAGGCGGCGCAGCCGCAGCCGCAGCAGCAGGAGCAGGAGGCCCGGCAGAAUGCGCAGCGAGCGCCGCGGCCGCAGCUACGAAGGCCACAGCAGCCGCAGCCGCAGCAGCGGCAGCCGGCGGCGGCGGAAGGGCGAGCGAGGAGCAGACUCGAGGGAGAUCGCGUCGCGUCCGAGGCAGAGCCCCGGCCGAGGCCGCCGCCGCAGCCGCAGCGGCGGCAAGCCGCGCCGGCAGCACGCCGGGGCGUGCGAGAGCGGAGCGGGCCCACGGGAGGCGGUUCCGCGUCCGACGCAGGCUGCACCAGCGGCUCCGCUCGCCCCUGCGACCGUUGCUGUGCGACGCGCGGCCGGGCCCGCAGCUGGGCCGCUGCCGGGCGAGUGCAUGUUCUGGAUCGCGCCGGAGGGCGAGGCCGACCCCGUGCUGGCCAUCAUGCACGAGGGGAAGAGCGCCCCGCAGCCGGCGAGGGACCUCUUCUCGGGUGCUCACGGCUCUCUCCAGGAGGCGCUUCGCUGCGACGUCGGCAGCGAGGUCCGGCUGGCCGACGAGAGCGACAGCCAUGCCCAGGCGGAGAUCGCGCCGCUCGUCGCGGCCGUGCUGCGGGUCACGGGCGGCACCGACCACGACAGACCAUGGUGGGUGUGCAGGGCCAGCGCCCAAGGUCAUGCCGCCGUGGGCAUAUCGGGGAGGAAGGAGGACAGGAAACGGGCUGCUUGGCUGGCCCUGGCCGUGGCCGCCGCGCGGGCGGCGGGCCGGCCUGCGAGCGGCGGCGACGUCGGGCGACUGCUCCGGCAGCUGGACGGCGUGGGGUGAGGGCACGGGCGGCCCCGCGGCAGUGCUCCCCGCGAGCGGAGUGCUGCGCGCACUCUGCGGGGGAGGGCUGCGCGGGCGGUGCGUGACGAGUGCCAAGGGGGAUUUCGUUGGAAACGCGCCUCUCGGUCAGUCGCGCAGCCUGGCUGUCUCAAGCGGCCUUCGAAGGCGCCAGGCGCGCGCCCCGUGUCGCUUCCUGCUCCCUUCGCUUUCCCCUCUCGGUUCGAGGGAUGCUCAGCCUCUGCUCCGCGCGCUGAGUCGCGCGGGCCUGUCCUCUACCUGCGGAGCACCUGCCUGCGCCCGCAGGCGCGGCCGCGUGCGUUAGGCCUUCUCGCGGUGCUCGAAGCUGGCUUCAGCUCGACGACGGGGUAUUUAGCCUGCUCCAGCGCCUGCGAAGAACACCA